AUGUCUGUUGUUGGUAUGUCUAGGGAAGUUUCUGCCUCGACUGGAGUACCACCUAUCGGGGACCAAGUCACUAUCAAACUCGCAGGUGAAGAUGGCAAGCGACAGCAAUCUAUCUUCGCUGGGAGAAAGCGCACUACGGCGAUCCACAUUGUAGCCGGAACCACAGAUGUGAACAAGACCAUGGAUCACUUGACGGGAAUGGUGGAUCUGCAUCGCGGCCAACCCGGCGAAUCCGAUGAGGUCCGUAAAUCCAAGGCUUAA